AUGACUUGCAUGCAAACUGAUGUCUUCUUCUGCAGAUUUUCGUCCUGGAAGAUGGAGGUAUCGGACAAAGAGAACUUGGUUCAGCCCGAGAGCACCACCAACUGGCUGAAUGGCCGAAAGAUGAAUCUUCUGUCGAAUGUUGCGAUCGGAGGGAAGGCGGGCCUGCAGUUGAAGAGCAAUCACGGGGACUCGCACGCGAGCAUGCAAGACGAGUCUGGUCACGAGAUGAAGAAGAGCAACAAGAGAGUAUGCUUUGAGAUCGAUCAGAACGUGAUCGCAAACCAGAACAUCUCCUCGUUGCAAGCAAACGUAAUAUCUAGAGAGCCCAAGGUCUUUCGUGUGCUGCCCGAGAAGAGGAGCCAGGCAGAAGACGAUGAGGAGGUCGUGGAGACUGAACCACAACAAGACAUGUGUCAAGGCAUCGAGGAAUCCGAGGGAGAGUUGAAGGGGGGAGAAGCAGUUUCGAAUGAGGAGGAAGAAAUGGAAGGUGUUGUGCAUGAAAAGGUGGAACAUGUCAAUCCAGCACAACCGAAAGAGGACAAAGAGAACUCGCAGCUUUUGUUGACGCUGGCAGUCUCAGCCGUCGAUGGUGCGAACGAGGGAGUUUGUCGUGGACCGAAGAAAGAGCACAACUUGCGCAUAGCGGUUCAGAAGAGCAGGCGGUCGGAGGAGAAUCGAAGUCUCCUGGAGAUCUCGUCUCCUGCUACUAAGACGAUCUCCUUCAAGAAAUCAGAUGAGCCGAUGAGAGAUAAGCUCGUCGUCGUCGAGAGCCUCGGCCUCACUCUCGUCAACUCAGACUGCAUGGAUGUGCUUGUUGCCCAUGUGGACAAGAACCGAAACGCGUACAAGGCAGGUGUGAGAUCAGGAGAUCUUGUUGUCUCUCUCUGCUUCAAGCUAGAGGCGUCGACGACGUUGCAAGAGGUGCAAGAACGACUGCAGACUAUGGAGGACGACGAUGUCGUGAUCAUCGAAGAAGAUCAAGAGCUGGUAGCAAUCGCCAAGUCGGACGAGAAGAUCCAGCGAGUGCUCGCAGGGAGAUCCUCGCACGACAGGUUGGUGGCUCUGGGGAGCAAGAGGAUAUCGGGGAUGCAUGUCAAAGAGAUUGGGAACCUGUUUGCCAGCGACGGCAGCCUUGCCAUCAUCCUGGGACUCGCUGUGAACCUCGAGAGGCUGAAUGUUUCCAUUCAAGAUUUCGCCAGCGACUAUGAGGGGAUGGUGGAGAGCUCGGACUCAAUCGUCAGGUGCAUGAAGUGGAUUCAGGUUGACGUCGGCGCCGCAUGUGCGACCGAGGAGCACAGGUUCUGUCCUUCCCAAGGCAGUGCCACAGCAGCAGGAGCAGGAAGCUCCCGGGGGCUACCCAGUCAAACGGCAGAUGAACCAAAGAUAGAGAACAAGGCUGCAGCAUUGUUUCAUGCUCCCUAUGAUGACGUUUCCAUGCAUCACACUCGAUUGCCUGUGGCUCGCGGCCCAGGAGCCGAAGACCUCUCCUUCACCCCAAGGCAGCAGCUUGUGAGACAAGAGAAGCGAUCAGUUCCGGACUACCUCUCGUGGCUGGAAGACGUCACCAUUACCGACCUCAAGCAGGCAGCCUGGAUCCACCACUCCCAGCAGACUCCACUCAGAGACGAGAUGCCAAGGGUGGCCAGGCAGGAGGAGAAGAUGGAGAUCGACGCCAUGUGCGUCGCCAGCAGCGCUGGAAUCGACGUCAUGUCCGCCAAGCAGGUCCUGCGCAUGUACAGCAUGGACGUUGUGGAGGCGAUCUAUGCCCUCAAGCAUGGGCUCGUUCGCCUGCCCCUCGCAAGAGACGCCUGA